UCAACUGGCUGUCAGCUGUCACCGACUCAGGUCAGCUGUCAUCAAACAAAUCAAUAAACUAAAUCGCGAUUUAAUUUGCAAUUUAACACUAAUUAACGUUUCCCAUCCGCAAUGCCGAAACAGAAAAACUAUUGGUGCACGUAACUGUGUAUUUUAAAUGCAGUGUUAGUGAACAUUUUCAUGUGUAAACCCGUAAUUCCUUUUGAGGCCUCCCGUAACGCUUCAGUGGUUGUUUAGGCCGGAAAUGUCGGUUUUACUUGUGUAUUUCUUGUUACAAACUGUAUAAUGGACUUGUCCCCGGAUGAGGACAACUUCCAAGGCCGCCUCCUGCAUCAGGCAGCCUUAUGGGAUAACCUAGAGCUACUCCAAGAGCUGCUCUCAAGCGGUGCUGAUGUCAACGCUCGGGAUUGCAGCAGCCGCAGUGCACUGCAUGCAGCUGCACUGGCUGAGCGCUCUCGGUGUCUGUCUGCGCUCUGCUCUGCCGGGGCUGAGAUUGAUGCUAAGUCUGAUGAAGCUACUGGGGGCAAGACAGCCCUCCACAUAGCAGCAGAACGCGGCCACUUCGAGAAUGUCAAGACUUUACUCAGCGCAGGCGCAUCGCUCAGCAUACUGGACGCUCACGGCAACACCGCGCUCGCACUCGCCGAGCGCAACAGCUGGCGACACGCCGCGCAUGCGCUGAGAGAGGCUCGAGGUGAGCUGUCCGCGGUGUAACUGUAGGAGUGCAGGAGUUCAGCAUACUGGACGCUCACGGCAACACCGCGCUCGCACUCGCCGAGC